GCGCACUGCGGGGAUGGACGGCGAGCGGGCGUCGGAGGCGCGCUCCGCCGAGCUGGCCGGGGAGAGUCCGCGGGGCGGCGCCGCGGGCCCGGGCGGCAGCGGCUCCUCCAGCCUGCUGCAAGCCGACGUGCUGGAUCUGGACGAGGACGAGGACGACCUGGAGGUGUUCAGUAAGGAUGCCUCCUUGAUGGACAUGAGCUCCUUCAGCCCUAUGAUGCCAACAUCCCCUUUAUCAAUGAUAAACCAAAUCAAGUUUGAAGAUGAGCCAGAUUUAAAGGAUCUCUUCAUUACAGUUGAUGAACCUGAAAGCCAUGUUACCACAAUCGAAACUUUCAUUACUUACAGGAUUGUAACUAAGACAUCGCGUGGGGAAUUUGAUUCCAGUGAAUUUGAAGUCAGGAGACGCUAUCAAGAUUUCCUUUGGUUGAAGGGGAAACUGGAAGAAGCAUAUCCCACUCUGAUUAUUCCCCCAUUGCCAGAAAAGUUUAUAGUGAAAGGAAUGGUAGAGCGUUUCAACGAUGACUUCAUUGAGACCCGCAGGAAGGCACUGCAUAAAUUUUUGAACAGAAUUGCUGAUCAUCCAACUUUAACGUUUAAUGAAGACUUCAAGGUUUUCCUCACCGCACAAGCCUGGGAACUGUCAUCUCACAAGAAGCAAGGCCCUGGCCUGCUGAGCAGGAUGGGACAAACGGUCAGAGCUGUCGCAUCCUCCAUGAGAGGAGUGAAGAACAGGCCGGAGGAGUUCAUGGAAAUGAACAACUUCAUCGAAAUGUUUAGCCAGAAAAUUAAUUUAAUUGAUAAAAUAUCUCAGCGAAUUUACAAGGAAGAAAGGGAAUAUUUUGAUGAAAUGAAAGAAUACGGCCCUAUUCAUAUUCUGUGGUCAGCCUCAGAGGAAGACCUGGUUGAUACACUGAAAGGUGUAGCCAGCUGCAUUGACAGGUGCUGUAAGGCCACCGAGAAGCGGAUGACUGGCCUCUCUGAGGCCUUGCUCCCUGUCAUCCAUGAGUAUGUGCUUUACAGUGAGAUGUUAAUGGGUGUUAUGAAAAGAAGAGACCAAAUACAAGCAGAACUGGAUUCCAAAGUUGAAGCUUUGACCAACAAAAAGGCUGAUGCUGGUCUGAUCCUCAAUAGGAAUCCCAUAACAGAGCAAGUGAGUGAGAGAGAGAAGAUUGUGUCAGGAUAUUCUCCCAGGCCAGAAGCCUAACUCUUGGGUUCUGAUGCACCAGGUCCAACCAACGGCCAAUUCCAGAAGCGAAUGGCAGUAACAAUGGAAAAAGAAAUCGUUUUUAUUAUGGCUUCACAAAGAGAAAACUGAAUCUAACAUCUGAAAGUCAGUCCUAGAGUGGCUAACAACAAACAGCAUGGAUUUUGUGGCAAGGUGUGUGUGCUCACACAGUUGGCCAUCUUAGACAGGAUGUGGCUUGGCUGGCAUUAUCUCCGGAUCAGUUAGGUGAGGUCUUGUCAAUGAUAAAAAUGUUCCUGCUUGCCUCUGGGUGGUUUCCAGUCUUGUCAUAGGUGAUUUAUCCACAGACCUGUUGGUCCAAGAUGACUACAGGAGAAAACUACAAGAUGACUACAGUGCAAGUCUAAACUUUUUUCCAACUUUUAAGUUGCACAUUGGACAUCUGCAGGCCCAAGUAGAGAGUCGGUGGUUUAACAAGAACAACCUCUGGAGAGUCCCUACUUCUCACACUACAGCUUUUCAUAAUCAUCACAGUAUAUCAGUUAUCACUCUGCAACUAGCAUUUUAGUGGUUAAAUGCUUGAGUCCCAGGCAUGUUGUUUACUCAUUAUAGAAAAUAGUCCAAACCGGGCAUGGUGGCACACGCCUGUAGUCCCAGCACUUGGGAGGCAGAGGCAGGCGGAUCUCUGUGAGUUCAAGGCCAGCCUGGUCUACA